CCCUCUCGGGUUCCCAGCAGGACAGCCGUGGGUCACAUGACACAGCAGGGAGAACCGCCUGACUCCCGCUCCUCUUCCUGUCAGUUCUCGGUUUUCUCACUGCCUCUCGUCACAUUCAGCCCGCUGAAACGACGCCAGCAUGACGGACACAGCCAGGGAACCUCCGCCGCUGCACACAGACUUCCAUGAGGUGGAGGACGGGGAGGACCUGUUCCCGGAGUCGCCCGCAGCACAGCAGCCUCAACCUGCCAGUCUGCCCGCGCUCGACAUCAGCACCAACUCAAACGGACCCAAACAGGACUCACUGAUGGACGACGAUCCCGAGGAUCUGUUCGCAGGGGCGACGGAGGAGGUGUCGCUGGACAGUCCAGAGAGAGACGUCCUGCUGUCGGACGGCCCGUCCCCUGCCAUCACCCCCAUCACGCCUCCUACCUCUGUUAUCGCCCCUCGUAUAGGCCACGCCCACGACGACAUGUUCACUCACUCUUCGUUUGAUGAAAUUGAAGAGGAGGAGGGCGGCGACUCCUUCGACGUACACAUAUCGGUGUCUGACCCUGAGAAAGUCGGUGACGGGAUGAACGCGUACAUGGCCUAUAAAGUCUCGACGAAGACCUCCUUGUCCGUGUUCAAGCAGAGAGACUUCUCCGUUAAAAGGCGUUUCAGCGACUUUCUGGGUCUGCACAGUAAACUGGCGUCCAAGUAUCUUCACAUAGGCUACAUCGUCCCCCCCGCCCCAGAGAAGAGCAUCGUGGGAAUGACGAAGGUGAAGGUGGGGAAGGAGGACCAGUCGUCUAACGAGUUUGUGGAGAAGAGGAGGUCGGCUCUGGAGAGGUAUCUGAUGAGGACAGUGAAGCAUCCCAUCCUGCUGAAGGAUCCCGACGUCCUGCAGUUCCUGGAGAACUCUGAGCUGCCGAGGGCCGUCAACACUCAGGCUCUGAGCAGCGCCGGGAUUCUGAGGAUGGUCAAUAAAGCCGCCGACGCCGUCAACAAGAUGACCAUCAAGAUGAACGAGUCUGACGCCUGGUUCGAGGAGAAGCAACAACACUUUGAGAAUCUGGACGUCCAGCUGAGGAAACUUCACGCCAGCGUGGAGUCUCUGGUGUGUCACAGGAAAGAGCUGUCUGUGAACACGGCUCAGUUCGCCAAGUCGGCAGCCAUGUUGGGGAACAGCGAGGACCACACGGCUCUGUCCCGGGCUUUGUCCCAGCUGGCCGAGGUGGAAGAGAAGAUCGAUCAGCUGCAUCAGGACCAGGCCAACGCCGACUUCUACCUAUUCUCUGAGCUGCUAGGCGAUUACGUCCGCCUGAUCACCGCCGUCAAGGGUGUGUUCGAUCACCGCAUAAAGACGUGGCAGAAGUGGCAGGACAGUCAGGUUCUGCUGCUGAAGAAACGAGAAGCCGAAGCCAAACUCCAGUUCACCAACAAGCCCGACAAACUUCAGCAGGCCAAAGACGAGAUCAAAGAGUUGGAGGGAAAAGUCCAGCAGGGAGAACGAGACUUUGAGCAAAUUUCCAAAAUCAUCCGAAAAGAAGUUGGCAGGUUUGAGAAAGAACGAGUGAAGGACUUCAAAACCAUCAUUGUUAAAUACCUGGAGUCGCUGGUCCAAACGCAACAGCAGCUGAUUAAAUACUGGGAAGCCUUUUUACCCGAAGCCAAGGCCAUCUCAUAGACUGACCACACUACCCAUGAUGCACCUGCUGAAAAACCUGGCGAGAAGAUUGAAAAUCAGCUUUUUUUUUCUUUUCUUUUUUUGCAGUUACACUCAGUUUCCAAUUUCUUUUUUUUUUAUUCUCUUCUUAUUCUAAUGAUUAGUCAGGGAUUACAGUUUCACUAAAUUAAAGGAUUAUUGAGUUCAAACUCCUAAUCUGGUAAUCUCCACACGAACCAAGAAUGGUGUUUGGUGCAUCGGCAUGUAGGAGUUAUAGGCUGCUCAGGUUCAAAUGAUUAAGUAAAUAAAUGUGUCAAAUGAGUCAAAAUCCCAUUUUCAUAACAACUACAAAAAACAUGAGAACAAAGCAGAGUGAACUAAAUCUGUCAUAUGUUCAGUUUUCAUUUCUAUUUUCAUGAAUUUAUCCUAAAAUAUACAAAAAUAAGACAUUCUCACCGAGUCAGAUAAAAGCUUUCAGUGUUCGACAGAUUUUUUAAAUAUUCGCAGACAAAUUAAGAAUUUAUUAUUUCAAAUAAAACUUCAAAUCAGAAAUUUGUAAUUUUUCCUUUUUACAGCACUUAAAAUAGGAAAGCAAAGAGAAGCGAUACAACUUGAAUGAAACGCCAACUUCUGACUGAUUUUACUGUUUGUUUGUUUGUAUUUUUUGUCUCAAAUCCUAAAAACGACCCAUCAAAUCAUUUGGACUCUUGAAAUGAGGAUCGGAUCUGUGUUAAAGAAUGACUGAUUUCAAGUUUCCUCGUUAAUUUUAUGAAGUCGUGUUUCCCAGCACAUCCUGCUUCACUUCCUGUCUUAUUUUUAUAAUAAGAGCCUGUUUUUGUUGCUGUAUGAUCGAAAGUGAUGGCAACACCGAAGAAUCUGCCUGGUUUCUUCUGGUUUGAGUUUCCAGAGGAGGUCAAAGAUUGUCGAAGUCUGUCCCUAAGCCUGAAUCCAGAUGUUGUAUUUUUGUUUUCAUUUUUGCUGAUUAAUGUGAAAACUGCAGUUUUUAAUGUUCGGUUGUAAAUUCUGCACAACUGUGGGUUGAAUUUAAAGCACAUUUCAGUCCAAAUCACAAAGGAACUAAAACUAACGUGUUUCCUAAAAACUGAAAGACCUGGAAGUAUUUUUGAUUUUUGUAAUGUUUUUUUUUUCCACCUGUUUCAGUCUGAAAUCCCUCGAACUGUUGAUUUCCUCAUUUUGCCAAUGACUGAUGGUUGAGAGGACAAAGCUCCAGUGUGAUUCUGCUGAUUUGAUUUUAUACUUUGACAGAAGUUCUGGAUUUGAGAUCUGUUGAAAAGCUUCUGUUUGGUUUUGUGUUGCGGAGCUGAUGAUUUAAUAAAGAAUGUAUCUCAUCCUC